UUUCAUAAAAAAAAUAAGUAUUUGUUCGAAGGGUUUUGGGGAAGAGGAACCCCACAAUACCAAACAGAGAGAUUUUGGUUUGCGCUUGUGAGAGAGAAAGAGUAUCUGUAUCUCUCUCUGUGCAGCAUUUUUAGCGUCUGUGGGUCUCUCUCUGUGAACACUUAACGUAAACUCUCUCAAAAUGGCCACUCCUCCUCUCUUCUCUUCCUCAUCGAUAUACUAUUCAUCUCUGCUAAAAUACGCUCCCUGUGCUCAUUCCCUUAACCUCCACCCCCAACUAGUUUCUUUAGCCAUUUAAACAAACUAACUAAUUUGAUAUUUGAUCUUUGAUAUUUCUUCCAUAACUACCAACCAUGGCCGUUACUGCUCUUUUUUUCUGUGUAGUGGUUCUCUGCGCACCCUUCUUAUCGUGCGCCGGGACAGUAACGGAAAUUGAAGCCUUAACAUCUUUCAAACUCAAUCUCCACGAUCCACUUGGAGCGUUGAACGGCUGGGAUUCGUCGACGCCAUUAGCUCCCUGUGAUUGGCGUGGAGUCGCGUGCUCUAGCAACCGAGUCACCGAGCUCCGCCUGCCUCGCCUCCAACUCGGUGGCCGACUCAGUGACCGUCUCGCUGACCUAACCAUGUUGCGGAAGCUGAGUCUUCGCUCAAACGCUUUCAACGGAACCAUUCCUCGCUCUCUCUCCAAAUGCACGCUCCUACGCUCCGUGUUCUUGCAGUACAACUCCCUCACCGGAAUUCUCCCGCCGGAGAUCGGGAACCUCACCGGUUUGAAAAUCCUCAACCUCGCGCAGAACCAUCUCUCCGGCGACAUCUCCGGCGAACUUCCUAGCGGCCUCAGCUACCUUGAUCUUUCAUCGAACGCCUUCUCCGGCGUGAUUCCGAGGAGUGUCGCGAACUUGACUCAGCUUCAGCUCAUCAAUCUCUCGUACAACCAGUUCUCCGGUGAGAUUCCGGCGAGCUUUGGAGAGCUUCAACAGCUUCAGUACCUAUGGCUUGACUACAAUCUAUUACAAGGAACUCUUCCUUCGGCGAUCGCGAAUUGCUCGUCGCUCAUACACUUAAGCGUCGAAGGCAAUUCGCUCGGAGGAGUAGUUCCGGCGGCGCUCGGAGCUCUGCCGAAACUUCAGGUUCUCUCUCUCUCUCAAAACAAUCUCUCCGGUUCGGUUCCCGCUUCGAUGUUUUGCAAUGUCUCGCUCUAUACGUCGUCGCUUCGUUAUGUUCAGUUAGGGUUUAAUGCGUUCACGGACAUUGUUAAGCCAGAGACAGUGACGUGUUUCAGUGUUCUUCAGGUUUUAGAUCUUCAGCACAAUCAAAUCCAUGCCGCGUUUCCUUCGUGGUUAACGAGUAUCUACACGUUAACAAAGGUGGAUCUUUCGAAUAAUUUCUUCACUGGUGUAGUUCCUGCUGAGAUUGGAGACGUCACGAAGUUGGAGAGCCUCAACAUUGCGAAUAACUCGUUUAGCGGUGCAAUUCCAAUAGAAAUCAAGAAAUGUAGCUUGUUACAGUUUCUAGAUUUUGAAGGAAACCGCUUUACAGGUAACAUUCCUGAAUUUUUCGGAGAAUUGAGAGGUUUGAAGGUGUUAUCUCUCGGAGGAAAUGCAUUUACCGGUUCAGUUCCAGAGAGUUUUGGCAACCUUUCGGUGCUUGAGACUUUGAAUCUGAGAGCUAACAGAUUAAAUGGAAUUGUGCCUGUAGAGCUAAUGGGAUUGAGCAAUUUGAGUACACUGGACCUCAGUGGGAACAAUUUUUCUGGUGUGAUUCCUACAAGUGUUGGGACUUUGAGUCGGCUAAUGGUUCUAAAUCUGAGCGGUAAUGGUUUUUGGGGGAAGAUUCCAACGAGUUUGGGCAAUCUUUUCAGGCUCAGGAGUCUUGAUUUGAGCAAACAGAGUCUCUCUGGUGAAUUGCCAUUUGAGCUUUCAGGUUUGCCGAAUCUGCAGGUUAUUGCUGUGCAGGAAAAUUUGUUGUCUGGGGAUGUUCCCGAAGGGUUUAGUAGUUUGAUGAGUUUGCGAUAUUUGAAUCUCAGUAGCAAUGCGUUUUCUGGUCACAUUCCGGCAAAUUAUGGUUUUCUUCAGUCAUUGGUGGUUCUGUCAUUGUCUGAUAAUCAUGUUUCGGGCUCAAUUCCACCGGAGCUGGGAAAUUGUUCUGACAUAGAAGUUAUUGAGCUCCGGUCUAAUUCUUUGACGGGUCACAUUCCAGCUCAUCUCUCUGGUCUCUCGCGUUUGAGAGUGCUUGAUUUGGGUAUGAACAAUUUAACAGGUGAAAUCCCAGCAGGAAUUUCUGAAUGCUCCUCGUUAACUGCUUUGUUGCUAGACUUCAAUCAUCUUUCAGGUGGCAUACCCGUCUCAUUGUCCAAGCUAUCAAAUUUGACGAUGCUGGACCUUUCUUCUAACAACUUAAGUGGAACAAUUCCAGCUAAUCUUACAAUGCUUUCUGGCUUGAUGAACUUAAAUGUUUCGAAUAAUAAUCUCCAAGGUGAGAUCCCCCUAAUGCUGGGUUCUCGAUUCAAUAAUCCAUCUGCAUUUGCGGGUAAUCAAGGCUUAUGUGGGAAGCCAUUGGAUCGAAAUUGUGUGGCUAUAAUGGAUAGGGGUAGGAAGAAGAGGCUGAUUUUGUUAAUUGUCGUAGCUGCUGGUGGAGCUCUCUUACUGUCGUUGUGUUGUUGCUUCUACAUUUUCAGUCUCUUGAGGUGGCGCAAGAAACUCAAAGAAAAAGCAUCUGGGGAAAAGAAGAGGAGUCCCGGAAGGGCAAGCUCGGGAGCAAGUGGAGGUCGUGGAAGCACCGAUAAUGGAGGGCCAAAGCUUGUUAUGUUCAACAACAAAAUCACACUUGCAGAGACAAUUGAAGCAACUAGACAAUUUGAUGAAGAAAACGUGCUGAGCAGAACACGGUAUGGGUUGGUUUUCAAGGCCAGCUACAGCGAUGGAAUGGUGCUCUCAAUCCGCAGACUCCCAGAUGGAUCACUAGAUGAAAACAUGUUCAGAAAAGAAGCUGAAUCAUUAGGGAAAGUAAGGCACCGAAACUUGACAGUCCUUCGCGGAUACUAUGCUGGUUCACCCGACUUGAGGCUCCUAGUGUAUGACUACAUGCCAAAUGGAAAUCUUGCGAGUUUGCUUCAAGAAGCAUCUCACCAAGAUGGCCAUGUCCUCAAUUGGCCAAUGCGCCAUCUCAUUGCACUAGGAAUUGCCCGUGGAUUGGCCUUUCUACACACCUCCUCAAUGGUACAUGGCGAUGUCAAGCCUCAAAACGUUCUAUUUGAUGCAGAUUUCGAAGCCCAUUUAUCCGAUUUUGGGCUAGACCGCCUCACAAUUGCAACUCCAGCUGAAGCCUCAACUUCCACUUCAGUUGGGACUUUAGGCUAUGUAUCACCAGAAGCAGUUCUAACAGGGGAAGCCACAAAAGAAUCAGAUGUCUACAGCUUCGGCAUAGUUUUACUCGAACUAUUAACUGGAAAGCGACCAGUAAUGUUCACACAAGACGAAGACAUUGUGAAGUGGGUGAAAAAGCAAUUGCAAAGAGGUCAAAUUACAGAGCUAUUGGAGCCUGGUUUGCUUGAGCUUGACCCUGAAUCAUCAGAAUGGGAAGAGUUUUUACUAGGAGUGAAAGUUGGAUUACUAUGCACAGCACCUGACCCGCUUGACCGACCCACCAUGUCAGACAUUGUGUUCAUGCUAGAGGGCUGUCGGGUCGGACCCGAUAUUCCUUCUUCCGCGGAUCCAACCUCUCAACCUUCACCGGCAUAACCCGAAACCAACGUUAACCAUUUUGUUUCUUCUUUUCUUUUUCUUUUUGGUUUUUAUUAAUUUCUCAUUGUAACAGUUAGCUGAAUAUUUUAGAG